AUGAAGACUGCUAUUAUCGUCGGUUCUGCCAUGGCUUCUUUCUGUGUGGAAAAAUUUGGUCCGCAACGGAUGCAGGAGAUCACUAAAAAAGAUAUUGAUGCGCGUAUGGAAGAGUUUGUAGAGCUGAUGCUGCAAAUGAUCGGGCAUGAAGUACAUGCUGUUUGCCCGGAUAAACAGAAGGGGGAUAAAAUAUUUACCGCUAUUCAUGAUUUUGAAGGCGCCCAGACUUAUAGCGAAAAGCCCGGCCAUCAUUUCGUUCUUAAUUACAGCUUUGAUGAUGUGAACGCGGCGGAUUAUGAUGCGAUUUGUAUUGCCGGUGGGCGCGCGCCGGAAUAUCUCCGCCUCAACCCCAGGAUCAUAGAACUGGUAAAACAUUUUGCCGGUGCCGACAAGCCCAUUGCCGCAGUCUGUCAUGGCAUCCAGAUACUGACGGCAGCGGAUGUAAUCUGGUACAAGCUGAUAAACAGGAACAAACCCAAUAGGGAGAAACUGACCAGCGAGAAUAAGAAACGGCGUUCGCUAUAA